AUGGAAACCAAAUUUAGGCCCUUCCAGGCCGCCCUCGAAGACUACUACUCCGCAGACAAGAGCUAUCGCGCCUUGUACGAGAAUCCCCACGGCUAUCCUCCAGGAUUGGAAAUACCCAAUCCUUGCUCUGGUGAAAUCGGUAUUUCUCCGCCAUUCAAAAAUACCCUUAGCCCUUUAAGCGAACUUGCCGAUCGUAUCCGCGAAGAAUAUACCAAAGAGGUUUCCAAGGAAGACACCAGGCUACAGCUUGAGGAAUUCGCUGGUCACGUCUGGAAUCUCUGUAACAGGGAAGUCGACUUCGAUCUAGAGGGCGAGACGGUACCCCAUACCCAGUUUCUUGGGGCGGGUGAUAAGAUCCUCAAACAUAUUGCAAAGCUCUUCUUUGACAACGUCGUUGAUCGCGUCGCUGCGGAAUAUAGGCAUCUGGUUUUCACGGAGGGCACCGAGCUCGAGCUUGAGUUCCUUGGUUACUGCGCCACUUUGGGGGUUGAUUGCUGGUACGGUCUAUACACCGACCAGCUCUGCAACAUUUCCCGCGUCUGCGGUGACGAAGCGCCUGCUCGUAUCCUCAAACAGAAUAGAAAUCACGCGUUCGAGUGGCACUUCAACUUCCGCAGAGACAUCAUCUCUGCCGCGCAGAGAGGCUUCGAAUCGCUCCCCGACGAGGCUACCUAUUUGGAGGAACUCUUUGCAGACGUCAUCUGGAUCGGUGACUGUCCGGAUAUUGGCCACGGCGAGAAACUCCUCUAUACCGGAGUGGUCAACUACCGCUUUCUAGGCCGCGCCAUUGAUCGUGCCUUUGACAAAGGUAUCCAUCAGCUCCCCGAGAGAGCCGCCAAUUGCCUCUUCUGGAUACCCACCGGCGACGCCGCCAAAGGCUUGGGCACUAGCGCUGUUCCUGGUCCUUUUGCUGCGCAUCAUCCCUGGUGCGGGCUUGACAAGGCCGGCGCUCCCGACGGCGCUGAAUUCCUCAAGCCUUUCAAUACUGCGCUAGCCUAUUAA